CUCUUGUAGCUUCGUGUAAGUCUACAAUGAAGCGAGUCUCCGUUCCCAUCCUCUUUCUGACUGUCCUCUUAUUGCUGUCGGUGGCUUUUGCACGCCAACUAGGCGAAAGAGAAUACAACAAGGACGCUGACGUGAAAGAUGCCGAACACCACGUAGAUUAUUACGGGGGCGGAGGGCGAGGGUGGGGCGGCCACCCCGGCUGGGGUGGUGGUCCUGGCUGGGGCCGACCGGGCUGGGGUGGCGGUCCUGGCUGGGGUGGUUGCCGAUACCGCUGCUACUACAGGUGCUGUUCCGCCAAGGAGUAUGCUGAGCUUAUGCAAUCUCAAGGCAUUCCGCAUAACUGAAAUUUGGAUCCUUCUCUCUGAAUAAUAAAUAAUGAUGGUAUGCAUCAUCAGCAAGUGUGGAACGUACUUCUACGUACAGUGGGAAAUUAGGGGAUUGCAAGUCAUGCCGGAAGCAUGAAGCUGUGGUUUGUUUCGUGCAAUAAAGAAACAAUUACUUGUAUGAUCAUAUGUGCAGUUUGUGCUGUGUUAUCCGUGUAAUGAUAUUCCAUGUAGUAUCAUUACUCCAUAAACUCUGUUAAUCUCUUUGCUAUUGAAAAUAUAGUCGUAUAUACCUAUCUAAUUUGUAA